AUGGCUUGCAUUUUGGCGCCUGCUCGAUGUGUUCUUCGUUCUGAACAUAGACGAAAACCAGUUGCUUUUAGGGGGGCAACGGGAACUCGUCCAUGCUUUUGUGCCGCCGAUGCGAUCUACAUCAAGUUGAGGACAAAUAGAACCUUUGAGGGACAUGUGCAUGUGAAGUUCGCUUCAAACAAGUACUGCUAUCAGACCUUGGUAACGAAUAAUCAGAUCGAGGUGCUCGUUCCGCAUGAAGAAUGUGCAGUGCCGAGACGUCGGUCGAAGUCACCAGAGGGAGUUUUUCUAGAAACAUCACUAGCGGUGGCAUUCCAUCCCGAUUUCACUACGGCGGAUGAUCGAAUAUUUCAUUUCCGAUGUUUUCAUCAGCGAACAUCGAAAGGUCAACAAGAAACUGGAAGCCCUACGGAACCUCCAAAAGGUACGCUAUAGUG